GCCUGGUCCACGUUGUGCCUCUGCAAUACAUAAGAUUUAAUUUUUCAAAAUCAUUUUGAUUGUUUUAAUAACCCCUCAGUUAAGGAUGCGUCCUUUAACGGACGAGGAGACGAAAACUAUGUUCGAGAAACUCUCUAAAUAUAUUGGAGAGAACGUCAAACUUCUCGUAGAUCGACCAGAUGGAACGUAUUGUUUCAGACUUCACAGCGACCGCGUGUAUUACAUUAGUGAAAAACUUCUGAAAUUGGCCACAAACAUUUCCCGAGAGAAACUCGUAUCUGUAGGUACCUGCUUCGGGAAAUUCACCAAGACUCAGAAGUUCCGCUUGCACAUCACAGCUUUGGAUUUCCUUGCUCCAUAUGCAAAGUUCAAAGUGUGGGUGAAGCCUGGAGCUGAGCAGUCUUUCCUGUAUGGGAACCAUAUCAUGAAGUCAGGCCUGGGGAGAAUAACAGAGAAUACAGCCCAGUACCAGGGUGUGGUCGUGUACUCUAUGGCAGACGUACCACUGGGUUUUGGAGUUGCAGCAAAGAGCACGCAGGAGUGUCGGAAGGUUGACCCCAUGUCUAUCGUGGUUUUCCACCAGGCCGACAUUGGCGAGUACAUCAGAAACGAGGACACUCUGACAUAAGAGGACUGUUAUUUACAGUUUUGUGUGACUGCAUUUUCACAUGUAUAUAAGAACAGUAGUAACUUCACACGAAAAACCCGUCUGCGAUACACAACAGUAUGGAUGGCUUAUUGUGACUGUAGAUCUUUUCUUUAACUGGUAUAUUAUCCUGAUUGGUGUUCAUCUCACACACACACACACACACAAAUGGCAUCAUCUAUGCUCAACAAGAACACUGGGAAUAUCAGAACUCAAGAAUCAGUGGACUAAUGCCACUGGCUCCUGUUAGCUGUUAUACAUGAAGACUGUAUGGUUUGGCUUUGUAAAGUGGUUUAUUGAAUGAAAUGUCUUUUCUUUGGAUUGGAUUGGUGAAUUAUUGUCUUCAUUGUUCCCUUCAGAUAAAAAUGGGACUGAAUACUUUUGACAGCCCAGAAAGAAGUAGUAUAUGGUCAUAGUUCAUAGUAGAUCACACGCUGCAAGGCUGAAUGCCCAUUCAUGCAAAUAUAUGUAUUUUGUUAUUACUCAUUCUGUUGUUCCAGUGAUAAAAAAUUGAGAGCAGUGAUGGCAGCUUGUGAGUCAUAUGAUGUCUGUUAGGGUCAGGGUUAGGGUAUUCUGAAGGGCAGUCAUGAAUUAGACAUUUGCUUACUCAUGUUUCUUUUUUUAAUGUAUUUAAGUUUUAAUGUAUUUGAUUAUGCAAAAAAAACCCAACACA